AUGACGCAAGAUACUUUAAUACUAGUUUUAAUAAGAAAUGAUAAUGAUGAUAAUGAUGAUAAUAACAAAGAUGAUAUUGAUGAGCAUAAUGGUAAUGAAGAUAAUAAUUAUAAUAAAGAUGAAGAUAAUAAUUGUAAUGAAGAUGAUUUUAAUAGGGCUAAUAGUAAUAAAGAUGAUUCUAAUAGGGCUAAUAGUAAUGAAGAUGAUUAUAACAAAGAUGUUGUCAAUAAUGGUGAUGAUAAUAAAAAUGAUUAUAAUAAAGAUGAUGUUAAUAAUGAUAAUUGUAAUAAAGACAAUAAUGAUGAAAAAGGUAGAAGAUUAGGUUUUUUAGUUACUAAUGAGGAAUUAAGCCAAUCAGCACUAAUAGUAUUAGAGUUGAAUGACCAAAUUCCUGUAGCCCUAAAUGCAUUAAUAAUUAUUUCAGAAGUAUAA